UUUUAACCAUAUUGCUAUAUGGCUAGAUGAAGCAGGAGAGCAAUCCAGAGCUGACGUAACAUUUCUGCUGAUUGGAAACAAAUGUGAUCUGUCUAAUAUGCGUACUGUCAGCUAUGAGGAAGGUCAAAAUUUUGCCAAGAAGCACAAUCUGCUAUAUGUGGAGGCCUCUGCAAAAACUAAACAAAAUGUUGAGCAGGCAUUCAUUCUGGCCGCUAGAAAGAUAUACAAGAAAGUCGAAGAUGGUGCCCUUCAUUUAUCUCAAAAGUCUAUUGUGUUCCUUCGUUUACCUGAGAAUAUUUCGCCGAGCCAAUAUGGAGGUGCAGCUGGAUCGUCACCGUGGCGUUUGUGGACAAAGUUUAUGGGAUUCGUACAGAGUCUCAAUUUCCUUCCAAAGUUUACAGGAUCAAUACUACAUAUACUCAGCUUCUUACCAAAGUUUUCGGGAUUCAUGCAUAGACUCAGUUUCUUGCUGAAGUUUGGCACAAAUGCGGCGUGGUGGCCAUUUUCUACGCCCCAGCUUUUCUCCGGCUGCCACAGUUUGCCUAAGGACCCCGAGAAGGAGCUUCUGCUGAAAGACGAGCAUGAAGUGUGAAGAUCGCCUCGGUGAGAAAGCAGAAAUUCAGACAAACAUGCCCCUUUCCGCGGAGCUUCAGAACUGAACGAUCGUAUGCUGAAGGCAUCGGCAAAUCGAAAUGCAAAUGCUAGAUUACACUGUAUAUCUGAAUGAGUAGCUGUUUGUACCGUAUUCUGUGGGGCAACAGGGUCGUAGAGUACAGUAAGGAGAUCCAUUAACCCUGCUGCCAGGGACGGACGGUCGCGUGUCGGCAGUGCGAUACAAGUACUCUAGGUGCAGAGGCUUGCAGUGUACGAUUGCGGACGCUACUGAAAGAGGCAACUGCG